CAUUCGAGUUACAGUUUAAUUUUUAGUUAAAAACGAAGUUAAAAUGAAUUAGAUAACGUUAAAUGAUACUUUGCAUGUUAUUCACAACAUAACGAUGUGUCAGACGAAGUAAUAUUUUUCCUCGGAUCGUAUAUAUAAGAUGUGAUAAAAUUGGAUUUUAUUGGAUACAAUAUGUUCACAGCAAACGCUAAAAUAAUAAAAAGUGGCGGGGCCGAACCUGAUGCGUUCGAAGCCAGCAUUUCCCAAGCUCUGCUGGAACUGGAAAUGAAUAGUGAUUUAAAAUCGCAAUUAAGAGAACUUUAUAUCACUAAGGCACGUGAAAUAGAAACUAAUAAUAAAAAGUGCAUUAUUAUAUAUGUACCUAUGCCAAAGUUGAAGGCAUUUCAAAAAAUCCAAACGAGACUUGUACGUGAACUAGAAAAGAAAUUUUCUGGAAAGCAUGUGAUGUUUGUUGGAGAACGUAAAAUUUUGCCCAAACCAACAAGAAAAACACGUACUAAGAAUAAGCAAAAGAGACCUAGAAGCCGUACCUUAACUGCAGUGUAUGAUGCAUUAUUAGAGGAUUUAGUGUACCCUGUAGAGAUUGUUGGAAAACGCAUCAGAAUUAAACUUGAUGGAACACAGCUUAUUAAAGUUCAUUUAGAUAAAAAUGAGCAAACAAACAUUGAACACAAGGUUGAUACUUUUGCUGCUGUCUAUAAGAAACUAACAGGCCGGGAUGUAACAUUUGAAUUCCCAGAAACUUAUGUAUGAUUUGUUUAAAGAAUAAAAAUAUUUGAAAUACUUUU